CUACCCCGACAGCGUUGACAACUUUGCAAUACACAGCAGCUUCUCUGUGGUUUUCCACUGGCUCGGCGUCGUUAAAGAUUUCUACUGUAACAUCAACUCCGCGUCCACCAUCACCUGUGACUACAGCCAGCGCAUCAACGUCCCUCUGCCGUCGCGGAUUGAGAUACAAAACUUCGCUCAGCAGAUACAAGGGGAGUUAAUUCACAAAUCGGAGUGUGGUGAAUUCUGUGGUCGGUUCCGAUGUAUCUACGAAGCAUGGAGCGACGAUGGAAGGGCAACUUUUGAGAACAUAUACGAAAAAUGUAUUCAGCAUAUGUGCUCGAUGCCAGCAACUACAACCGUAGCCCCGGCACUAACGCCCGGGGUCAACAACGACCGGACUGUCCACUCACAGAUAUCUCGCUCGCCAGUCGUGUCCCCGCCACUGCCGCCCUCCAUGAACCACACCAUCUUCAUCCAGAGUGAAACCGUCAAACAAGCGCCGAGAGAUACAGCCGUACCAGAUGCAGCCCAGCAAGAUGGCGCGGAUCUGGAAUCAAGGGACUCGCCUUCAUCUCUCGUUGGUGGAUUAAUCGGCGGACUCCUUGCAAUGGUACUCCUGGCUGUCAUGGGACUCACUGUGUUGAUGUGGAGGAAGAAACAGAGGCGAAAGCAAGACGUUCCGCCGGUCAGUUGUGUGCUUGCUGGUCAGACUGACACCGGGCAGUCACGUGACUAUACCAAUCUAGAUGAACACACCAACAUCACAGCAACUAACCCCUUGGCUUGCAACGGUGUAACAACACGGAACGCUGACGUACCAGAUGUCAUUCACGACACAACGGAAGUGAAGUUGUCAACCGACGACACGUACGCGACAUUAAACGAAUGUGAUAUGCGAGGGCCGCAUGAUAACCCUGCAUAUGAAAUGGAACUGACGACGAACAAAGGGGAAGAACUCGUGUUAGGAGAGGCAACUCCAUAUAGAGACAGUUUUUAUCUUGACGGCAUAUACGCCAAACCAUCUGACAACUCCGAAGUCCCUGGCUGCCACGAUUCGGCCAGCUGCGGUCAGUACCUGGAACCAGUGUCCGAAGAUGACCGAUAUGUCCGCUACCCUCCCCACUAUCUACAACCUCUGCCUGAACUUCCAAGCGCUGACCGGUGUAUUGAGCCCUGUCAUGUCAGAAAGGAUCGCGGCCACCCGGAUGAGUCCUACAUUAAAAUGGACAACACUACGUCAGUCAGCAGUACUGACCCUUCCAGCCUCGAUGUCGAUCAGUAUGUGCGUAUUGACCAAUCAGACCCCAACUAUUACAACAUAUAAAGAAGACAUGUGAUAUGUUGAUAUGUCGUGAAUAUCAAAAUCACACGUGAUGGCGUGUUAAGUCUAUGACCCUGGUUGAUGCGUUGAGUUCGUUUUUAUCUGUUGUAAGACACUGCAUGCUCUUCAUGAAAUAUGUCAAAGCUGUCUCAGGCCGCCAUUAACUGACUGAAAACAUCUUCGGCUACCCUCCGUUGUUUCAAUAUGCCUGAUCAUGUCUUUCUUUCGUAAUGAACCAAAAUGUUGAAUGUAAUUAUCACAUUUAUUGGAGUUAUCGCCCUUUAUUCGACAUACUUUAUGUAUCGGACUGUAAAUAAAGAUAUUUAAAUUCAAA